AUGGGGCUCAACGCGUACUUCGGCAUGGGGCUCACCGCCACGCUACCGCCCGACACGUGGUACAAGCGCUGCGGCGCGUGCUACCUCGUGAAGUGCGCCAACGACACGAAGCGGUGCCGCGGAGACAAGGCGGCGGUGACGGUGCGCGUGGUGGGCGAGGGCAAGGCGGCGAAGCAACUGUCGCUGUCGCGCGUGGCGUGGGGCAAGAUCGUGAAGGGCGACGCGGCGAGCCCCAUGAACAUCACGUACAAGCGCACGUCGUGUGUGUCUACCGCGGGAUCCGCCGUGCGCGUGCGACGCGACGCGACGGCCGACAAGUUCAAGAUCCGGCUGGUGGGGCUGGCGGGCCCCGGCACGCUGUCUCAGGUGGAGCUGAGCGCGGACGGCAGCAAGUGGGUGAACCUCACGCGCGACGGCAGCAAGGCCGUGUGGGUGGCGGGCGCGGACGCCAAGCAGGUGGUCGGAGCCAAGAAGGCCAUGAGCGUUUGGCUCACGGCGCCCCACACGCUCGAGAAGAUCACGCUCUCGACCGUCAUUCCUGCCAACUGGAAGGCCGCUGGGCUGUACAGCUCCAAGGCUCAGGCCGAGCGGUACCGACAACGCUGUGAGGCGAGCCUUGGCGAACUGGUCAAGAGACAGGUUGUUCUUGUAGACGAAGGAGUGGAGGCCGUGAUAAGCGAACCCGCAGUAGUUGGCUUGCAAGGGGAUCUGCCUCUGUCUUCCACACCUGAGGGCGAGGAGGACGAGAAGUCGGCAGAAAUUCAGACGCGUAGGCGAGCGCAAGUAGAGGAAGUGGGAGGAAGGGAUGAGCCUGAAUGCGCGUUGAAAGAGCAAGCGACGUUGUCCGUUGAGGACGGAGAGCUCCCUGUCGCACAUAGCUCUCCCGUGCCAUCGAACACCCCUACGAACGUUGCGACGCACUGUGCGACGGUGCCGUCGGACGACGACGAUGCGCUGCUCCAAGCGGCGCUGGCAAUUCCUCCGCCCGCGCGGCACCAGCUGCCCCGCACGCCCCUGCCGCAAGCAACCGUUCCAGCAGGCGACGCCGCUGAUCCGUGUCCGGCAGUGGCAGUUGAUAAGGUAGUGGAGGGCGAUAUGACAGUCAGGCUGGAUUUGGACUCAGAGACUGGUCCAGGCUUGACGAAUGUUCAGGAAGACCGUUCUGCUAGAAUCCAGCAGGACGAGGUAGAUGCGCGGGUGUUGGCGGUGGGAGGUGGGCAGCAGUCAGCGGAAGAGCGUUGCGGAGACGCUGGUCCGUCCGGGGCGGGUGAGUGGAGGCGAGUUGCGCGAGAGGCGGCGGAGAAGCGGCGGCUUGCGGAAGAGGAGCAGAGGCGCGCGGAUGCGGUGGCGGAAGAUGUGCGGAAGGAGAAUGAGAAGCUGAGGGACAUGCUGCGGUGUUUCGAGCACUCAGUGGUAGAUGAGAAUCCAAACAGCAACAAUCCCAGCGAAACCAUCACUCCUGGCGCCAACUCUGUGGGAGGCGAAAGUGGGCGCGAGAGUGCAACAGCUGCAAUGCGUUGCCGAGUGAGUGGUGAGGUAGGAGGAGAGGGGACCGGAAAUGGAACGGAGGAACCGGGUGGAAACUUCGUGGAGAACGUUGUGACAGGGAGUGAGGUUGGAGGAGACGCAGGGGGGAUGGGCACAUGCGGGGAAGGACGCCUAGAGGAGCAAAGCGCAGAUGGCGGAAAAGGCCUGGAGGAGAGCAGCGCGGAUGGCGGAAGAGGCCGAGAGCAGAGCAGCGCAGGUGGCGGGAGCGGCGUCGAUUUGCAGGACAUGAUCCAGAGGCUGCGCGCACGUAGCCUUCGCGCGCUGACGCAAGCGCAGGCGGAGAGGCGCGCAGAGGAAGAGGGCGCACGCGCUGCGCCAACGAGAGAUGCGGGAGAGGGGGAUGCGGAGGGGGAAGGGCUUGUCAAUGAUGCCAGCGCUGCUGCUGGCGGUGGUGGUGGCGGUGGUGGUGGCGGUGGUGGUGGUGGUGGUGAUGAUGAUGACGGUUCACAUGCUGCUGCGAAUGCUGCUGGCCCUGAUGCUGCUGCUGCAGGGACGAGGAACGGAAGGAGCAGGAGCAGGAGCACGGGCAUGAGCGAGAGUGGUAUGAAUGAAAGGGAGGGGCUGGUUGACUGUGGAAGAGCAGUGGCGGCGCGCAAGGGACGGAAGAGAGCAGGGGAGAGCCAGGGAAGGAGUUAUGAAACGAAGCGCGUCGAUGGCUCACUGCAGGGCAGCAGAGCGAGCAUGGGCGGUGGGAGGCGUAAGCGAUGCAACAGCUCAAGCACGUGUGGUAGUGGCAUGAGCGGCAAGAGUGUCAAGAGCUGCAACAGUGGCAGCAGAAAACAGCAGACCAGGAAGCAGGCUUCUGGAAACCGCAGCAGUCACUCUGCUGCUGAGGCAGCUGAAUGUGCUACCGUUGAGGCAGAUGCGUUGGCUCCUGCUACGGAUGGGAAACAAGUCUUUCUUACACCACCCCUGGUGCCUAUCGAAGGAGGGGAUGAGAAGCAAGGCUCUGCAGGGGAGGACUGUGAGGACGCAGCAGUUUUGGGCAGCACGAAAUGCGUAGAGACAACAAGGGCCAGCCCGGCUUGCAGCCAAGUGGCAAGUGCCCUGGGAUUGACUGGAGCACCCAUGGUGGUUGAGGUGUCACACACGGCUGGGGAGAGUGCAAGGGGGAGAGCAGGCAGUGCUGCAGCAGCGAACCAGCAGACCCGCUCCACGUCCCUCUCUGCAGCUAAGUGCCUGGUUGCCCUGGGGACGCACUCUCCUGUGCUGACUACUUUCUUCCAGCGGGCGUUCCCUGUGCCUAGGCUCAAGGGCUCGGGCAGUGUACAGGUGAGGCGCAGUGUGCUGCCUGCUGCAGGCAGGUUCUGA